UCCCCUAUAAAACAUUUUUUUUACUUUUAACAAAAAAUCUCACCAAAUGCAAAAUCAAAUCUUUUUCACGGACUCGCAUGAGAAUCAAUUAUAGUGAUAGAGUACACAGACAGAGUAGAAAGUAGAUUCUCUUUGUUUGUAGAAACACAAAAAAUCUCUCUAUAAAACCAAACUCAUUACUCUUUCUCUUACUCAAUUCUCUUGCAAAAACAAAACCCAAAGCAAUGUCCUCUGUUUCUCUCCAAAACAGGGGAAACUCUGUUUUCCUCUGUAUUCACAUUUUCAUCUUCUUUCUCUACCAAUCCUCCCUCAUCUCCUCCCGGGUUUUUGCCCAAACCAAGCCUUCUUUCGCCUGCGACAUGGCGGGGAAUUCUGGGUUGGGGAGUUUUGGUUUCUGUGAUCGGUCGUUGGGGGUGAAGAAGAGGGUUAAGGACUUGGUGAAGAGGCUGACAUUGCAGGAGAAAAUUGGGUUCUUGGGGGACAUUGGAGGGAGUGUGAGUAGGCUUGGAAUUCCAGAGUACAAGUGGUGGUCUGAGGGUUUACAUGGUGUCGCACCGGGCUGGCAUGGUGGGACAAGGUUCUCUGAAUUAGUCCCUGGAGCUACUAGCUUCCCUCAGGUUAUUCUCACUGCGGCUUCUUUCAAUGUCACUCUCUUUGAAGCCAUUGGAAAGGCGGUUUCCACUGAAGCUAGAGCAAUGUACAAUGUCGGUCUAGCAGGAUUGACAUUUUGGUCCCCAAAUGUCAACAUUUUCCGGGACCCCAGAUGGGGACGAGGCCAAGAAACUCCCGGAGAAGACCCGUUGCUGACAAGUAAAUACGCUUCGGCUUACGUGAGAGGCUUACAGCAAAGGGACGCUGGAAACAAAGACCGGCUCAAGGUUGCCGCAUGCUGUAAACACUACACGGCAUAUGAUGUCGAUCAUUGGAAAGGCGUUGACCGCUUUGAAUUCAAUGCAGUAGUGACAAAGCAAGAUCUGGAUGACACAUUUCAGCCCCCAUUCAAGAGCUGUGUUCUUGAUGGGAAUGUUGCAAGUGUCAUGUGUUCCUACAACCAAGUCAAUGGCAAGCCAACUUGUGCCAACCCUGACCUCCUCAAAGGGGUGAUCCGAGGCAAAUGGAAACUAAAUGGAUACAUAGUUUCGGAUUGUGAUUCAGUAGAAGUGUUCUAUAAGCACCAACACUACACAAAAACACCCGAGGAGGCUGCAGCCAAGGCUCUAUUGGCAGGGCUAGACCUCAAUUGUGGAGCUUACCUAGGAAAAUACACAGAAGGUGCAGUGAAAGCCGGGCUAGUGAAUGAAUCGGCCAUUGACAGGGCUAUAUCUAACAAUUUUGCAACGUUGAUGCGCCUUGGCUUCUUUGAUGGUGAUCCAAGCAAGCAACACUAUGGGAAGCUUGGUCCAAAAGACGUAUGCACCCCAAAGAAUCAAGAGCUGGCCCGUGAGGCAGCCAGGCAAGGGAUCGUGUUGCUCAAGAACAGCCGAGGCUCGCUUCCUCUAUCUCCCACUGCCAUAAAGUCCUUGGCGGUUAUAGGUCCCAAUGCCAAUGCCACGCUCACCAUGAUUGGCAACUAUGAAGGCACUCCGUGCAAGUACACAACUCCUUUGCAAGGCCUCACAGCAUCAGUACCAACUGCCUACGCACCUGGAUGUGCCGAGGCUGAGGUGGCAUGUAGUGCUGCCCAAUUAGGUGAUGCUAAGAAAAUAGCAGCUUCAUCAGAUGCAACUAUUUUAGUAAUGGGUGCGGAUCAAUCUAUAGAAACAGAGGGUCACGACAGAGUUGAUCUGACUCUUCCAGGACAGCAACAACUUCUAGUGACUGAAAUUGCAAGUACAUCCAAGGGGCCUGUAAUUCUUGUCAUAAUGUCUGGAGGGGGCAUGGACGUGCAAUUUGCGAAAGAUAUUGAUAAGAUAACGAGCAUCCUAUGGGUCGGGUACCCUGGUGAAGCUGGUGGCGCAGCCAUCGCGGAUGUGAUUUUCGGGUAUUACAAUCCAAGUGGGAGGCUGCCCAUGUCAUGGUAUCCACAGUCAUAUACCAAGAACAUUCCAAUGACAAACAUGAACAUGAGACCGGACCCUUUCACGGGCUACCCAGGUAGAACCUACCGGUUUUACACUGGUCCAACCAUUUAUACAUUUGGGCAUGGACUAAGCUACACUGCGUUCAACCACCACCUAAUUCAAGCAACUAAGCUAGUCUCAAUCCCCUUAGCAAACAAUCAUGCUUGUCACUCUUCUAAUUGCAAGUCUAUUGAUGUUGUUGAUGAGCAGAGUUGUCGGAAUUUGAACUUUAACAUCCACUUGAGGGUUAGAAACACCGGAAAAAUGAGCGGAGGCCAGACAGUUUUCUUGUUUUUGAGUCCCCCUAAAGUGCACAAUUCACCUCAGAAGCACUUAAUGGGUUUUGAGAAGGUCUUUUUGUCACCACAAACAGAAGGAUUGGUGAGGUUCAAUGUAGAUGUUUGCAAGGAUUUGAGUGUGGUUGAUGAACAUGGAAGUAGAAAAAUUGCUUUGGGACAACAUGUACUUCAUGUGGGCACCUUGAAUUACUCCUUGAAUGUGAUAAUUUGAAUUUGCCAUUUUUUCACUCUCUCUCUCUCUCUGUGUUUUUGUUUUUGUUUUUUUGGCUUUUUGA